CUUUACUGGAAAAAUGUUAUCAAUGCCUUGUCCUGGUCAACAUGGUCUGGUCUCUUCUCCAUCUUCUGCUGCUUUAGCAGGAAAUCCCACUGUGCCUCCUGGAUGAUUCUGGUCGGCUUCCUGGUAGACAUAACCAUCAGGACAAUGACCAGACACGUCAGCAUCUGUUCCAGAUCGGGAGCUGAGCUGAAUGACUUUGCUGUCUUCACCACCUUUGGCCUGGCUUCAGCCCUGCUCCUAGGUGCGAACGGGCUUCUAAACGGGUUGCUAACAAUCAUCUAUGUGUCAGCUACUUCUCUCCGCCUGUGCUUUUAUUCAACUGGAGUUCCCUUAGCAUACAAGGGGCUACCCUGCCCCUAUGCUUCCUGUGUUUUGGCUUCCAUGUCUCUUCUGACCAAAGGCAACACAUUCAUUCUCUGCUGCAUGGCCUCACUCAUGGUGCUGUUCAUGAUGGACCAGAGCUACUACCCGCAUGAUGCAAUCCUGGAGUCUGACAACUGGAAAAAAGUGGUUUAUGUGGGAGGUGUCAUCAUGCUGUUAUUCUCCCCACUCUCUAUAAUGGCUUUCUACUACCUGAUGUGGUCACUCUCCUACAUCUUCCUACCAGAGGCUCUGUGGGGCAAGUGUCACAGAUCCUUCCUCCACAGUGGCUACCAGAACAAUCUUUGUGAAACAACCUGA